GUGUGGUCUUAACCAGAGAGCCAGAAACACUGCAUGCUGUUGCAUACCAAGGAAAAUAAAACUCCCUCAGUGAAAACAUGUCAGGUGGCAUUUUCAUCUUUAUCGUAAUGCUGCUCAUCCUUCCCCCCAUAUAUGGGCAGUCAGUUCUUAGACAAAGGGGCUUUAAAAUGUACGAAAAAGAGAUGACUUGGAAAGAAGCCCAGUCUCUCUGCAGGAAACACCACACUGAUCUGGCAACAAUAAGAAAUAAAGAGGAAAAUUCUGCUUCAAGUUCUUUUGAAGGAUGGAUCGGAUUGUAUAAAGAGAACAAAGAUGACGAUUGGAAAUGGUCCAGAGGGGAUAAGAUUGCAACUUUCUUCAAUUGGUAUGAUGGCGAACCAGAUUACAAUGACCAAAACCGUGUCUCUAAAUUCCUAUCAGAAGGCCAAUGGAGAGAUUGGGAAUGUGACAAAAGAUUUAAGGUCAUAUGUCACGAUGAGAUUCUGGUUCUGGUGAAGGAGAAUAAGACAUGGGAGGAGGCUUUAGAGUACUGCAGAGCUCUUGAUGGAAGCAGCUUUCAGUUGGCCACCCUGCUCACUGUAGAUGACCACAACUCUGCUCAAGAGCUCGCCCAAACUGCUACCACUGAUGAGUACCUUUGCCUAGUCUGUUCCUGUUUGGCUGUGACUCCAUCCUGGAGAGAAAUAUCAGCUAUUCGCCUGGAUCCAGACAAGGUUAUCACCAUUGUCUUCAAAUGUCUCUGUCUACACAACUUCCUCGGACAACAUAAGUCUGAGGCCUACCUGGCUAUGUAG